AUUAGAUCAAAGAAUAAAUAUCAGACUAAAUGUCUUAAAUCGAAAUAUCGUAAAUGGAAUAAAUAAUAAUCUAAAUCAAAGACUUGGUACAUUAGAAAAUUAUAUUGCUAAUAGAUUUAGAGAUACUAAUAAUAACAUCAAUAACAUAAAUCAAAAUUUCAAUAAUAGAUUUGAUAAAAUCAAUACUGAUAUAAAUAAUUUAAAUGAAAGAAUCGGAAAACUAGAUUCAAGAACAAAUUUUGGAAAUACUGUAAUAGAUAAUAGAUUAAAAAAUAUAGAAGAAUCAAACGAAGAUAUAAGUAGAAAUAUUCUUAAUAUAGAUAAAAGAAUAAUUGAAACUGAUGGUAGUAUAAGACGUAUAAGAAAUGAUAAUUUUUUUGAAAGAUUAACAAAUAUGCAGGAUCAAUUAAACACACACAUGACUACUCAAGAUACUAUAUUAGGAAAUAUGCAAAAUAUAAUAAGGCAAGAUGAUAGUAAUUUUGAAAUAAUGUUUGAAAAUUUUCAAAAUAACAUGCAAAAUUUUAUCAAUGAUCGAAUUGAAAUACAAGAAAGAGAUAUCAUGCGAGGAUUAUUCGAAAGAUUAAAUCAACGAAGAAAUCCAAAAAGAAUAACUAUAAAUCAUAGAAGAACACUAAGAAUAGGAAGAUCACCAAGAUGA